UUGGUAGGAACAAGACUUAUCGACACGCAACACACACGGUCCGUCUCGAUCUCAAGACACAUGCCAGUGGUCGUGGCUGUCUAUCACAUCUUUCUUUCCUCACGAAGGAAGCGUCGAUUGACAGAGAAACAGACGAGAAAUGCAUCCCUCCCUCCAGCCCUACUACCUACCUGUCCGCCACACAACACAUCGCAUAUAUCGCCCCACUGCCCACCACAGCGCCGAGAUCGACCAUUGACUGACUGACUGACUCCCUCACUCCGCCGCCCAUUGCCGCUCCUUAUCGUCAUACACGACAGCCUUGCCGGCCUCACUAUCCUCCCCAACUCCCCCGUUGUCUCCCCCCUCCCGCUUAUUGCCUCCCUCUCGCCCACCGUGAAGCUUCGUGUCCUUCAUCUGUGGGUCAGCAUUGAUCCACUUGGCGACGAUUCUGCCCCCCUCCUUGACAGCUAUCUUCCCCCCCUCCCUCAGCCACUCGGCCGCUGCAUUCGCCCUGCAGUUAUGAGGAUUGUUCUUCUCGUCAGCGGCAGGGCCUCUUGCCUUGGGGUCCGUCUGGCGCAUUUCGUUCAUCGAGAUGACGUCGUUGCCGUGUGAGGCGGCUGCAAUGAGGUACCUGGCAUGCUCGGCUGCAGAGUCGAUGGCCCGCCGUUCGGUGCCAUUGGAGGGGAAAGUGGCGUGGGCCGCCAAGACCAGCUGCGAGAGGUGGCUGAGGAUGUGGUGGGUCCGCUCGGGGGCGUCGACCCGGUGUCUGUCGUUGCACAAGUGCCCCAGGUCGCCAAGGAAGUAGAGGAGCCGUCGGGUGACGGCCACGUCGCCCCUUCCGUAGUGCCGCAGAGGGUGCAUGCAGACGUCCAGCAGGGUAGCAAAGGUGCACGCUGGCAUGGCCACACGCAGCCCCCCCUGGCUGUCAUAGGCGAAGAUGUGGUUGAGCUGUUUGGCGGCGAUGGUCGCGAACAGCACACUCAGGCGGUCGAUGGCCUGCACUGCCGAGUGGGGAUCGUUCACACCAGGGGACAAGGCACGCACAGCCUGCAAACCGACCUCACACCACACCACACAGACAUACACAGCCUUAAUUGCCUCCCUCCCUAACGGCUCUUUCUUGGCUUGCGCACCACGUCUGUGAUUUCCCUGAUGGAGAAGGACAUGUCGUCUCCACCCGUCCUCUCGCCAGCUAUCAGCAGCGCACCAUUGGCCGCACCCUCGAUGCGUGACAGCAUCUCUGAGUCGAUGCUCUCGCGUGUCGCUGGUGGCAACGCUGCGCCCACUGGUGGCGGCUCGUCGACCGAUGCUGAGGUGCGGGGCGUCUGGUGAUUGUCCUGUGACGAAGGAGGCGGGUCGUCAGUGGCCCGCAGCCACACCCACCCCUAUACACACACACACACACACGAACAUCCGGAGACGCGUCUGUUAGGCAUCUUAAGAUACAUCCAUCUGACUACACACGCGUACCAGGAGAGUGCCCUUGGUGACAUGGUCGCCCACUCGGUGCGCCAGCCUCAGCACCAGCUUGUCGUCCAUGUUCGUCAGCUGCCUCGCAAGUGGCAUCAGCUCAGCGGCCUGAAUGUACCCCGAGCGAUCGACACGCAGCCGCUUGGCGCCCACGGGCACCAGAGGCAGCUCUGAUGCGAUGGCCUUCAUGGGCAGCUCUGCGAAGAGCUGUAGCGAGGGAUCGUCGAUGCUGUCGUUGCGCCGCACCAGCUUGGUGGAGUCGUGAAGGACGUCAUCAAAGAUGGACUCCAGCCGCAUCCCACGCGUGAAGUAGUGGAUGAAGAAUAUGAACGUGCCUGCAUCACACACAUCCACAAACGCCUUACUCCCUCCCUCCCUCCCUCCCUCUGUCUGUCUCUCUCUCUAACCAAGCACAAGGAAGAGGUAGAUGAAGAGCAGGUUGACGGCCAGCUCCGGCACAUAUGGCUCCUCGUCGUCUGUGCUCUGGCCCAUUGCGAAUUGCACCGAGAAACAGUAGGCGUAGCUGCCCAGAAACACGCUCAGGCAGAACUUGUUGGCGGCCUUUCUCAUGUAGCUGUCGAGCAGACGGGGCGAGUACUGCUGGCUGAAAAGCUGAAGGGCCAGAACUGCACACACACACACACACGCUCACACACACACGCCGAUCAGACGAACAUGCAGCGGAUGUGAGUCUCUCUCGUUCUCUAACUGCGCGUGUGUGUGUAUACCAACCAGUAAGACUGAAAGUGAGUGUGACGAUUGCGAUGCAUGCAGACGCUAUCAUGCUAAGAAGUGCCCUGGCCCGCCCCACAUCACCCACGACGUACGGCCACCGCCACCGCACAUCGUCCUGUCACACAUCAUGAUGCACACACCGAGAGAGAGAGAGGCUAGCAGGUGAUUGCAAUUCAUCACAGCAUAAUCUCCACCCGUAUGUAUGUAUGCGUGUGUCCCCAUUACAUUCUACCUGUUCGUAUUGCCACGAGGGGAUGGGGAUGGAACCGAGAAUCAAACCCAGCAAGGCGUUGCAGAACACUGCAUUCCAAUCAAUGCAUGCACCACAGGAGCGAACAAACAAACGAUAUCAGAUCAGCUGGCGUAUCCGUACUGACUGACUCGUUGCUGCUUGGUGUAGAUGUAGGAGUGUAGUAGAGUGUAGUAACAGUACCCGAGAGGAAGGGGAAGAAGAAAAAGGACCGCUCCAGCCUGCCGUACAGGCUCCGAAACCUCACUGUCAGGGCCGCUGCAACCAUCGGGAUCGAGAUCUCUGGUGUUCUGCCCUCGACUGCUUCCUUCCCUCCGCUGCGUCCAGGUCACUCCGCCCAGGGGAGGUCCAAACAAUCUUGCG